GAUGACGCCGUUUCCAGGAUUGUCCAGAAUCUCUAUAAAAGAGAAGAAAAUUUUAGUCGAGCACCAACCACUCUAUCAGAAACUGACGAACGAUCUUCUUGAGACAAGGAUAAAUCAGAAACAGAAUGAUGAAAUCCACAAUCAUUUUAUUAUUGGUAGCAAUGUUGGUUGUCAACAGCGACGCCGGUUUUUUCGGGAAAGCUGGUAAAGCCAUUAAGAAGACCGUGACCAGCCCGACGGGGAAAAAAGUGGCCAAAAAGCUUGCUCAGCUUGCUGCUAGAGCGGCCCUUUUUGGUAUUCUUGGAGAUAUGCGAUCUUUAAGAGAAUUGGACGAUGCUGAAAUGAAUCAAAUGAUUGAGGCCGUCAAAAUGAUCAGAGAUAUGGAUGAGGAUGAAUUCAACCACUUCAGAGAUGCUCAGUCCGUGGAAGAUUUCGAAUAAUCUUCAUGAUGUUGAAUGUUUACAGUGAUAGUAGUAUAAGAAAAACGAACAAACAAGCAACUUUUUUGAUUCAAAAUCUUGAUUCAAAUCUUUGUUUGAUUAUUUAAGAGAAAGAUAUCAUUCAUUGAUCAGUAUAUCUAUGUUUUAAUACAGAGUGAAUAUUUAAACUAACCAAACAUAUUUUUAUCCUUUAAUUCAACAAAAUUUAUGAAUAUUAUUUGGUGUUAUUCUUUCUACUAUCAUGUCAUACAUGCUGCUUUGCAUCCGAGUAUUUUUCGGAAUAAUAAAAGCUGGAACACAG